AUGUCAACCAUUUUUGGCAUACUAUUUUUCGUUCCUCACUUUUUGGCUUUUCAAUUUCCAGAUCCCUACCCGAAUUUUUCUAAGCUGUAUCUUGGAGAUUCUGGAGCUAAUGGCCCGGAUUCAAUUUCCCGAGAUCCAAAUAAUCAAGGUCCAUACGUGGGUGUUAGUGAUGGCAGAAUUAUCAAAUACAAUGGUACUGAUUUUGUGGAUUUUGCUUAUCUUACACCGAACAGGACAAAGCAAUUAUGCGAUGGAGUGACAGACCUAAGUCUAGGUCCAGUAUGCGGAAGGCCAUUAGGCUUUACUUUUGAUCGUUACACUGGAGAGCUAUACGUUGUGGAUGCUUAUGGUGGGUUCUAUAAAGUCGGACCACAAGGUGGACAGGCCACAUUACUUGCUACAAGCGCAAAUGGUGAACGAUUCAACUUUCUUAACGGCGUUGACUACGAUAAAUUUAGAAGAGUUGUAUACAUUACAGAAGCUAGCGAGAUAUACAACUUUACUUCUGCUAUUCUAGGGCUUCCUGGCGAUCCAGGAGAUAAAAGUGGAAAAUUGUUAGAAUACAACACCGUGACGAAUACAGUGAGAGUAUUAUUGAACAAUCUUUCAGCUCCGGCAGGACCAGCAGUUAGUGAAGACGGAACAUAUCUAUUGUUUAGUUCUUACGGCACUCAACAAGUUUUCAAGUAUUACCUCGUAGGACCAAAAGCUGGAACCGCUGAAUUUAAGAUAAAUUUACCAGGUUUUCCGGUAAAAAUUAAGAGAGCCGCGGAAUUCGGGUUCUUUUGGGUGGCAGUGAACGUGGUGGUUCAACAGCAACCUCGUGUGGUUCAACCUUAUGGUUAUAAGAUCAAUGGAAAUGGUGUGGUUUUUCUGGUGAAAAAUUUUACUGCAGAAUAUCCCAAUGAUAUUCAAGUGAAUGUUGUUCAAGAGUACUUUGAUCUUCCUCAAGGAGGAGUUUUGUAUGUUGGCUCACGCUCCCGUAAUGUUGAUUACGUCGUUAAAUAUACAAAGCGGUGA